AUGGCGCCGUCCCGGAGAAACAGGGCCGUAAACAGCACUGAGCUGCUGAACCACAGGAGCAGAGGCAUCACGGAUGCUGGGACUCUGCUGAGGCACAACAUGAAGGUCUUCAGAGGUAUCCUCCUACAGGAAAACAGAAAUUUCAUAAAAGUAUGGAGCAAGACCUCAAAAUCCACUAUCAAGUAUGAAAAUGCUAAAGUCUACUUCGAAAAUUACCUCAACUGCUACAGUUGUGCUCACUCAGAGCCUCAACUUUUGUACAAAUUGCCCAAAAGGUCUAAACAGGAAAAAUUUGAAGAUGCCUUGCUGUGUCAGAGCCCACUUGACAAAACAUUGGCUUCUUCCUCUGACCAUAAACCAAGCCUCUUGGCUUUGACGGCAGACAACUGGCUGUAUCGCCUUUCAGCUGAAACAGGUGAAGAGCUGCAAAGAGUUUACCUUUCUUCAAAUCACAAGUUCAGGUAUCUUAGCUGGGAGGUAUCUCAAGAGACAUUCUAUGUUAAAUCAAUUCAAAACAAAGAAACACCUCUACAACGACAGGCGGGAAUCACUCAUAAUACAGUGAUGCACCUGGCCAUAUUUCAUGUUUUCCCCUUACAAAUUGUAGGAAUUGUGGAGAUCAACAGACAGGUAUUUGGAAAAGGUGUGAUCGAUGUUGUUCUGUCUCAAGGGGUUCUUGCGGUGUCUUAUAGCAACAAGUCUGUGAAGUUGUACAGCUUUGAGCACAUUGUGAACAGGUUUAUGACAGAGACGUUGGUGCUUGGAGAGAGCAGUUCUCUUCUUGGCGGCAAAACAGUGGGAGGAGCUCAAGUCGGUAUCCCGGUAAAUAUCCAGAUCACAGAUUGUCCGCCUGUGCUUUUUGAGGUGCCCUGCUCUAAUAAUGGUGUCCAGAUCGGUGGUUACCCGUGGCACUACAUUUAUACACCACCACAUAAAAAGUACAAGGGGACUCACCACGUCUGUUCUCUCAUGGACAACAUUAUGGCAACAGAUGGUAUACAAAACAUGAACUGCUGCUCUCUGGAGAGUGAUGGGAUCUUCUUCCACCCGGACGACUCGGGAAGAAUCAUCCACAUUGGGCCUACCACCAUAAAUGUCCUUAAAAUCCUUGGUGAACUGAACAGUGGUUUGCCGUCAAAGGUUAUUGAGGAUUUCUCUAUGAAGACUCUUCGAAAUAACAAUCUGACCUCACAAGUCACUGUCACAUCAUCAGGCCGCACAGUGAAGAGAAGAUUUCAUCAGCUAGAUGAUGACCCAGAUCAAGAGACUUUCCGUAUGGUAGAAUAUGAGGAUGAGCUGGAUCUCUUGGCAGUGGUGGUGACUAACGGUGAGGAGGGAGAGGGAAGAGCACUCAUCCGGCUGCACAACAAUCAGAAUGGACAGUUACAGCGGAAAAUCGAUCUGCUUGAACCAUGGGAUGAGACUUACCGGCAUGACUUGUUCUUCGACAAAGACACAAUUGUUCAUAUUGAACAAAAGCAUUCCAACUUCUGCUGCCAUGUUUAUAAACUUGAGGCUAACAAGAAAUGAAUGAUGCAGGUAGAGCAGCUGGAAAGCAAUUAAUGGAUCAUUUUGAAAUUAUUAUUAUUAUUAUUAUUAUUAUUUUUCUUUUUUUUGGUUAAACUUGUAAUGCUUUUUUGGUGAUGUGCAUAGUGAUUCAUUUUGUACAUUGGUUAAUUAAUCAGUUAUCAAAAUAAUUUUAAUACAGUUUUCCUCAUUCUGUCUCACACUUUUUUAUACAUUUUCCUUAAAAUAAAAUUAUUUUGUACAUUGUAAUUAAACAAAUUCUGUACAUCUGCCUUUUUCUGUAUUUCCAUCAUGCUUUUUGUUAAUGUUACUAUAAGUUGAUUCUUUGUCAUUGUCUACUUGCUCUUGUACCCACAGCUCAGUUGUCAGACAUGAAACAAGCUGGUACAACCUGGCUAUACAUUUUAAAUUGUUAAAAUGAUUCCAACCUACAGUUGUACGGCAACUGCAGCACAAUAAAGCCGAUCAAAGCUGAUCAAAAAUUUG